AUGGAGGAACAGGCAGCGAGCCUUUUGGCUACGCUGAAGAAGCCUUCGGCUCCGAUCGACCAAAAAUUGACGCAAUUCAACACCCUCAAGAGCAGCAUCAAGCAUCUUCGCGUUCCCCAGGAGUGCACUACGGACAUCUUCGAAUGCGUGCGCCUUGCCAUCGCAGCCCAAACCUCGUCGACGCUCGUGUCCACCGGCUUCUCAACCCUUGGCCACCUUGUCAAGCGCCUUAACCUGCAGAGCCAGACACAGAUUGUCACGCAGCAGUCCAACCAGCUGCUGUCCGUCCUCCUUGACCGGUUGGGCGAUGCGCGCGAGAGCCACCGCAAUGCCGCCUCGCAGGCGCUGUCUGACAUCUGGCCCUACAACCAUGCCGGCGUCGAGGGCAUAGUCCGCGAGGGCGCUUUGGGCGGCACAAACUCGCGCGCAAAAGAAAUCGCCAUGCAAUGGGUCGUCAAGAUGCACGCUAGCGACAACCUCCCGUUCAAGAGCUUCGUUCCAUACUUGGUAGCAAACCUGGAAGAUUCCGACGGCAUGGUCAGAGAGACUGCGAAAUCUGCCGUCGUGGAAUUGUUUAAGAACGCGCCUGAUCACGCGAAGAACGAUCUGAAGAAAAAGAUGAACAGUCACAACGUGCGGAAGACGAUCGCAAAUUACAUCAUAUCCAACCUCGGUCUUCCAGGAGCUACCGACGCGGAUGCCAAGCCACCUCUUGUAUCGCUCCCCACAAUGCCCAUCCUGCCGUCAGAAUCUGCUCCCGCCGACAAUUCUAGUGCGGACUCACGGCCACCGCCGACGGAGACGAUUUCUAUGGAGCCCAUGUAUGUGUACGGCCAUAGAGAGUUGGAAGAUAUCUUCAGAGACAUGCACCAGCAUUUCGAGGGGAGGGAGACGGAGCACAACUGGCUACCUAGAGAAAAGGCUGUUUUGAAGAUUCGUCGUAUGCUCAAGGGAAACGCGCCAACAGAGCACGAGUCCGUGUUCGUCGCGGGAGUUUUGAGCCUGCGGGAUGGCAUUCUGAAGGUCUGCAAUUCGUUGAGAACAACUCACGCCUCCAAUGGUUGCCAGCUGGUGCAGGAACUCGCACGGACGAUUGGCCCUGCUAUUGACCCCAUGGUCGAGAUCAUGCUGCAAAACUUCAUCAAGAUGAGCGCCAAUACCAAGAACAUCGCUGCGCAGAAUGGCAAUGCGACGGUUGACACCAUUUUUGCGCACGCUUCGUACACGAACAGAAUGAUGCAACACGUUGGAUUUGCUGUUGCCGACAAGAAUGUUCAGCCACGGACGUUCUCAGCGGGCUGGUUGAAGACAUUGCUUCAGAAAAACGCUUCACACAAGUCCCACUUCGAGCAUGCCGGAGGCCUGGAUUCUGCAGUCACCAUCAUCAAGAAGGGUCUUGCAGAUGCCAACCCGAAGGUCCGCGAGAACUUCAGGGCAACUUACUGGGCUUUCUCUAAGAUGUGGCCUGACAGGGCUGAGGCUAUUAUGGAGGCCAUGGAUGCGAAGGCGCAAUCAUUGCUCCAGAAGGACCCGAACAACCCCAAUGCUCCCGCCGGCUCAAGCGGCGGUAAGGGUACGGUCUCGAAGCUCAAAUCACAAGCCUCUCGGUCUUCUUUGAAGGACACCAUCGCAGCGCAGAGGAAAGCUGCUCUCGCGGCACGGAAAAUGCCAGAGCGCCCAAGCUCCGCACAAGCUAACCUUUCCCCGGCCAAGCCUGGUGCCGCAGACCGCCCUGCCGGCUCUCUCUCAAAGUCUGUGCACGGACGUCCCCCGUCUGCGAUGUCGACAUCCAGGAAUACCCCAAGUGAGAAGUCUUCCUCUGCCAGCGGAGGUGGCAGCUUGAUGUCAAAGCCCGUUCGUCGGCCUCGAAUGGCACCUCGACCCCAGACUGCAGACCCGUAUGCUUCCAGGAACAGGAAUGUCGAACGUGCAGAGACCCCGUCUAUGACACCGGCUGGUAGCCCUGACAAAGGAACGACCAAGAAGGCCAGCACUUUGAAGGGUAGACCUCGUGCGCCGUCUAAUAAGAACAGCCCCGUCGCCAGCCCGCCAAGGCCGAAGUCUCGUUUGGAAGCCAUGCACCAAAAGUCUCCAAGCCUAGACAGCGUGACUGCGAGCCCGUCAAAGGCAGAGGAUCUAACAAUGGUCAUGCCGUACAGGCAGCGUCCUUCGCUAGACCACGCCAUGACGGAAGGUAGACUUGGUCAGAACGAUGAUGACAGCUUCACGAUGGUAAUCCCUAAAGUCAAUUUCUCUCGAUCUGAAAACCAAAGAUUCUCCCCACACGCAAGCCCAUCCAAGAUCCCCUCACCACGGCCGCUUUCCCUGUCAGCAAGCCUUGGCAUCAGUUCUCCAGAACUCCGCGCCCUAACGCAGAACAAGAACCAGAAGUCGAAGUCGCCUGAACGUGCCUCAAUCAAUGACGCUAUUUCUACCGAAGAGGUCAAGGUUUACGAAGAUCCUUUUGCCAGCGAAUCUCAGAAACCAUCCAGCGAUGAGAAGCCAGUCCUGGAAGAGCUGCCUGUUAAUGAGCAGAACCGUGACCGCCGGGUGAGCAGCGGGACCCCUGAGGGCGAGCGCACUGAGGAAGGCCAAAAGUCGAACGGCACUGAGGAUGCUGCCCAAGACAGGCCAGAGGUUCUUCGCACUCGCCGACUCCUGGCUAGUGGUAUUGAGCGCAUCCGAGCCAAGACACUUGAUGCCCACGGGUUCCGUCGUCUUCAAGAUGUUGUUAAGGGAGACCUUGACAUUUGGGGUGAGCACGACCAGCGUUUUGGGGAGCUUCUGAUGGCUCUGCUUGAAUACCUGGAGGCGCCGAUUGAUACGAAGACCCCGAAUGUCAAGGCCCAGAACUUGAAGACCCAAGUCCUCGGCACGAUCCGGGCCAUGCUGGUCCUCCACCGCAAGAAGUCGAGCCCGUACUACGCCCGUGCUCUCUGCUCCAUCCUUGCUUCUCGUGCUCAGUGGGAUACCGCCAGUCACAUUACCACUGAUAUCGAGAAGACGGCUGAGGAAAUUGUGAAGUACGGCCAUCCUUCUGAUCUCAUCACCGGCAUCCUUGAAUUCCUUGACUCCUCGAACACUCCUACUUCCCCUGCCUCUGCCGUAUCUUCGGACCAGAGCCGCCCGGCCUCCGCAUCCCCCUCUCCGCGUACCGUUACUCUUUCUCUCCAGACCCUCUCCAGCCUGCUGCAGGUAUCUUCCGCCAAGAGCGUACCAGUCUCUGAGGCGCAGGCUCAGCAGCUGGGACGUCUGGCUGUUAAAUUCCUAGGCAGUCUCGACCCGGACGUGCGCAGAGCCGACAUGGACUUCUGCGUCCAGCUGCACGAGCGCCUUGGGGGUGAGCAGGACGGCGGCUUUUGGAAAGCCGUGAGCGGUGCUGACAAGGGCCAUCUCAACCUAAUCACGUACUAUCUCGCGAGGCGCAGCAAGGCAUAA